AUGGGUGGUGCAUCAACUUGUAUUCGAUCUAAACUUGCUCAAGAAUUAUCAAAAGAAGAAAUAAAUAUAUUAUCAUUAAAAAGUAAUUUAACUAAUAAAGAUAUUGAAGAAUGGUAUUCACGUUUUAUUCAUUGUUAUCCAAAUGGAUAUUUAUCACGUAAACAAUUUGUUAAUUAUUAUCAAAAUUUACGUGAUGAACAUUGUUUACAAAUAAAACUUUUAAUUAAACAAUUAUUUAAUGUAUUUGAUUUAAAUAAAGAUAAUAAAUUAGAUUUUUCAGAAUUUAUAUUACUUAAUACUCUAACAAAUAAUGGAUCAAUAAGAGAAAAAUUAAAAUUAAUAUUUUCAUUAUAUAAUUAUGAUAAAAAUAAAAAUUUUUCAAAAGAUGAAUUAAAAGAAUUUUUAAGAAAUAUGUUUUAUUUAUUUGAUAUUCCAUUAUCAAAUAUAAAUAUUAAAAAAUUUAUUGAUUAUAUAUUUAAAAGAAAUUCUAUUAAUAAAUAUGAUAAAAUAACUUGGAAUUUAUUUACUAAAAAUAUUAAUUAUGAUGACUUUGAUUUUUCAUCAGAUCUUAACUAUGAUCAUUCUCAACAUUAUCAAUUUAUUCAAACAUCUCACAGAUUUUAA